ACAUAUCUCUUUUUUUUUUACUACUACAAAAACCGAUAUAGUUGAGCAAUCAAAUUAAACAGCUAUUCCAGUUUACGAAAUUAGUACAUUUACUAUGGUGACUUACAAAAAGAUUACCAAACGAAUAACAGAAACUCGAUGGUCAAAAUCAUAUAUUACAGUGGCAUUACUACAAUGUUUAUUCAUCGUAGUGUUGCAAGCAGCAAUUUGUUUAGAGAAUACUCAACAAGCCAAUCUUUUACCAGAUUACGAUACAAAUGUUCUACUGUCAACAACCACCAAUACAGAUACAAUACCGAUACGGGCUAAAGAUAGACUCGGUAGAAUAAAAUGGGAAAAUAUAGCCUUUAUUGGGUUUCAAGUAUGGUUUUUCGGCAUGGCUGUGGAUGCUACAGUGUACCAAAAUACAGCAGAGAUCCUCAUAUUAGCAGUUUUAAAUUGUUUAUGUGCAAUCAUGGGCGCUUUGCAAGUGGUAGACGGCAAUAAAUGGUUGAAUGCCCUGAAACAGACGAAUUUUGCCUACUGGCCCUUAGUGAAUGCAGAGAAAAUGGAAAUAGCAUUAUCUGUUAUCAUCUUAGCGUUUGCUGUCGGUAUGUCAUUUCUCAGUUUCAAAAUGUCGAAACAGUUUGGUUGGAAUAUAUAUAAAAAGAUUGGUGCCGACGUAAGGAUACAAAAGAUGUAUCGAGUUUUCCAAUUCUUUGUGCUCGCUCUGAAAAUCGAUAUAUUCACAGAAUUUUUAGUGUCCAUCUUUUAUUUGAUUCAAUUUGCGAUAAAAAUGAAUGGCUCUGAAUGGAUUACCUGGGUUCAAUUGGCUGUUACAAUACUAAUGCUUCCAAUGCUGUAUUUUGCUAGAACAGCAGGAAGCACAGAAAGUAUAGGCAGGAUGAUUAUCUUUAUUACUUUUCAAGGAAUCGUAAUCGUUCACUUCGCUCUGGUCUUGCAACAGACGUUUCAGCCGAACAAUAAUUGGUAUACUUGGAUAGUUUUCAUAUGGAUCGGUAUUGCCAUAGUUUUAGCAACUGUAGUGUUGGGCAUGAUGGUUUUAAAAAAUUUCAACCAAGGAUUGAAACCUUUUGUACAAAGAGGUGCUGCCAAUAAGCGUAGGCAUUAUGAUGUUGAGCUGAAUAAGGCCAGCAGAGAUGAUGCGUGGCAGAUUGAUGAUAGUUAGUUCUAUACAUAAUUCAUAAUUGAAGCUUUUUUCUUUUUUCUUUUUUCUUAAUGACAAAUACCCCUUUUUUUAUACUUUUACACGCAAUUUUAUUUAAAAUAGAUGCUUAUA